AUGCCAGCAAUUCGUGAUUUCAGUGGACGGGUAGUUCUGAUCACAGGCUCGAGUGGUGGCAUCGGAGCCGUCACUGCAACAGAAUUCUCUAAAUCUGGAGCUCAGGUCGUCAUCACCGGUAGAAACGCUAAAAACUUGUCAGAUGUCGGCAAAGAGUGUCUGAAAGUAUCGCCGAAAGGAUUGAAAGCACUGGAAGUGGUGGCAGACGUUAACCACUUAUUGCGACGAUAUGGAGUGGCCUACUCUAUAACUGAUGCCAAUAUUCUGGACAAAUAUGACGGCGUUAUGGCCACUAACCUGCGGUCAGUCGUAUAUUUGACUCAUUUGGCUGUCGAGCACUUGGAGAAGACUAAGGGAAAUAUAAUCAACAUUUCCAGUGUUGCGGGACUCAGACCGUAUGCUGCAAUGGCAUUGUACUGUAUGUCUAAAUGUGCCCUGGACAUGUUCACCAAGUGUUUAGCACUCGAAUUGGGACCCAAAGGCAUACGAGUGAAUGUCGUCAAUCCCGGUGCUGUGAAGACCAACUUCGGGCCAGCAAUGGGUAUGUCACAACAACAAUACGAUCAUCUGUUGGAAGACAGGGCUAAGGCAUACCCAGUGGGAAGAGUGGGUCAAUCUAUAGACAUCGCGAAUAUCAUUCUGUUCUUGGCUUCGGACGAGUCUUCGUUUGUGACCGGAAUCAAUGUGUUGGCCGAUGGCGGGGGUCUCAAUGCACCCGUUCCUGCCAAUUUAUUUAGACAAAACAAAUAGUCUAUUUUAAUAUCACUUUAUUUUUCAAAUAUUUAACAAAUUAUCAAUCAAUUUUCACAGUUAUUUAAAUGAUUACUAAAAUUGAACAGCAC